CCUCACAGGCGGCUCCCGCUGUCCCCUCCCGCUGUCCCCUCCGGCCGUCCCUCACAGGCAGCUCCCGGCCCCGCCGGCUUCUGUCAGCGCGCCCACCGUCUGCCUCUCGCCGCCUUCCCGCCUGCCGACGCGCUGAAGUACCGGGAGUGAGAAGUCGUUGGCGGCUGCAGCCGGCUCCGCGCAGACCCUCCGUCAAACACGUGAGGCCCUCUAACCGCAGGAAGGAAGGCGGCCGGAGGCGGAGAGUGCCCUCUCCCGCUGACAGUUUGAAGGAUUCGUUUCAUCAUGACUUCUUUUGAAGAAGCUGAAACUGAAGAAACAGUAACUUGUCUCCACAUGACCUUUUACCAUCCUUGCCAAGAAGAAAAGAUGAUGUUUCGUUGCUUGAAUUUCUGCAAGCGAGAACAGGUCAGGGCAGAUGAAAUGGCCAAGUUUGGCCGCGAUUCUAAUGUCUGCCAUUAUAACUUAAUGGAUACUCGUGUGUCUCGGAUACAGUUUUCAUUGCAGUUUUACAGAAAACUGAACAGCUCAGAAUUUUGUUUUGAGAUAAAGAACAUGAGCAAGAAGACAAAACUGAUAGUGGACCAAACAGAACUGGGUUACUUAAACAAACUCGACCUGCCAUGGAAGUGCAUCAUUUGUUUUGGGGACUACCAGAUUUUAGCAGAGGUUCAAGAAGGGGAGUCUGUGGAUUAUUUUGAGACUCACUUACACUUGGCUAAUGUGCCAAUCUUACAGGAAAGACACCUGCCAUCACUGCAGCCUAUACCAGAGGUUGGCAUUUCUUCGUCCUCAUUUCCUUCCCAAGGCAAAAGCCCCAUAGAGAUUGAUGAAAAUGAGUUGUGCUAGUGGGGAGAAGGAGGUUGGAUCAGAUUUUGAUAAUUUGAAACCUGCACAACUUCCAAAAUUGAAGGCUGUUAUCUCAGUCCACUUUCUUGACGAUUCUCACUGCUACACAUCUUUCUUUUUGUGUUCAGCAUCGGCGUACCAGAACAUACGUUUUGUUCCACAGAAUCCACAGAUUCUCGUUGCUGUCUUCACCAGGGCAUGAGUGCUCCCUGGUCACUUUGCCACAUAAACAUAUGGAAGACAUUGCAGCAGAUUCAAGAACUGGGACUACGUGCCUUGAAGGUGUAUUUAAUAGGCAUUUAUGCAGAGCAUAGGGAACAGUCUUUUAGCUCCAGCGUAGGUUAGUCAAGUGGGGACGUAACAUCUCAUGGCAUUUGUUAUACUUUGUGCUUUGCUUUCAACAUGAAAUUCCAAACAGUAUUUUCAAGCGUAGGUUGUAAUUUCCUAGGCUUUGCAGCUUAGAAACACAUUGUCAGCAUAGUCCUUUAAAGUUAAUGUUUUAAUUAACUUUGCAGUGAGUUAUAUCUUCUAUUUUUAAAA